ACAAAAUGGAGCACACGAGAGAUAUCUGCAAGCCAACAACAGAGAAUUUAACAGUCUGUUUGGAUACCCGGAUAAUAGCGUCAAAACCUCAAAAUAUAAUGCCUUAAACUUCUUGCCUAUGAACCUGUUUGAACAGUUCCAGAGACUUGCAAAUGCAUAUUUCCUCUUUUUGCUUUUUCUACAGUUGAUUCCUCAGAUCUCCUCCUUGGCAUGGUACACGACUGUGGUACCCCUGAUGGUGGUGCUGUCCAUAACAGCAGUGAAAGAUGCCAUCGAUGAUAUGAAAAGGCACCAAAAUGAUAAUCAAGUCAACAAUCGUUCUGUUCUGGUGCUGAUGAAUGGCAGGAUAGUGACAGAAAAAUGGAUGAAUGUCCAAGUGGGAGAUAUAAUUAAACUAGAAAACAAUCAGAUUGUCACGGCUGAUAUACUAUUACUCUCGAGCAGUGAGCCCUACAGUUUGACAUAUAUAGAAACUGCAGAACUGGAUGGUGAAACCAACUUGAAAGUGAAGCAGGCCAUCUCAGUUACCAGUGAGAUGGAAGAUAACCUGAAGCUUCUGUCUGCUUUUGAUGGAGAAGUGAGGUGUGAGUCUCCCAAUAACAAGUUGGACAGAUUCACAGGAAUACUCAUGUAUAAGGGAAAAAACUACAUCCUGAAUCAUGACAGACUGAUUCUCCGAGGCUGUGUCAUCAGGAAUACAGACUGGUGCUAUGGCUUGGUGAUUUUCACUGGACCAGACACCAAAGUAAUGCAAAACAGUGGGAAGUCCACCUUUAAACGGACACACAUAGACCACCUCAUGAAUGUCCUUGUGCUCUGGAUUUUCCUGUUUUUAGGCUGCAUGUGUUUUCUCCUAGCAGCUGGUCAUUACAUUUGGGAAAACAACAAAGGUUACUACUUCCAGGAUUAUCUGCCGUGGGAAGACUAUGUCUCUUCAUCAGUUUUCUCUGCCACCCUUAUCUUCUGGUCCUACUUCAUUAUCCUCAACACCAUGGUGCCUAUUUCCCUCUACGUCAGUGUUGAGAUAAUAAGAUUGGGCAACAGUUUCUAUAUCAACUGGGAUCAGAAGAUGUUUUAUGAACCGAAGAACAUGCCAGCACAGGCUCGUACCACCACCCUUAAUGAGGAGCUCGGCCAGGUCAAAUACGUGUUCUCUGACAAAACAGGGACCCUGACUCAAAACAUUAUGAUUUUCAACAAGUGUUCAAUUAACGGGAUGUUAUAUGGUGAUGUCUGUGACAAAAGCGGACCUAGGACGGAAGUCUCGAAGAAAAGAGAAAAGGUUGACUUCUCCUACAACAAACUGGCUGAUCCUAAGUUUUCAUUUUAUGACAAGACUUUGGUCGAAGUGGUGAAAAGGGGAGAUCACUGGGUACAUUUGUUUUUCCUGUCACUCUCAUUGUGUCAUACCGUGAUAUCAGAAGAGAAAGUAGAAGGUGAGCUGGUUUACCAGGCUCAGUCCCCAGAUGAAGGUGCCCUGGUCACUGCUGCCAGGAACUUUGGCUUUGUAUUCCGUUCCCGCACGUCUGAGACAAUCAUGGUAGUCGAAAUGGGGAAAACGAGAAUCUAUCAACUGCUGGCUAUCUUGGACUUCAGCAAUACACGCAAGAGGAUGUCAGUUAUUGUGAGAACACCUGAAAAUCGCAUACUGUUAUUCUGCAAGGGUGCAGACACGAUCCUCUGUCAGCUCCUCCAUCCAUCCUGUAGAUCCCUCAAAGACGUAACCAUGGACCAUCUAGAUGAUUUUGCCAGUGAUGGCCUUCGCACCCUCAUGCUGGCCUACCGAGAACUGGACAGUGCAUUCUUCCAGGACUGGAGCAAGAAGCACAGUGAAGCCUGCUUGUCUUUGGAGAACCGGGAAAAUAAAAUAUCAAUUGUCUAUGAAGAGAUUGAAAGAGACCUUAUGCUGUUAGGGGCCACAGCCAUAGAAGACAAGCUGCAGGAUGGAGUACCUGAGACGAUCCUCACCCUGAACAAAGCCAAAAUUAAAAUUUGGGUUUUAACUGGAGAUAAGCAAGAGACUGCUGUGAACAUUGCCUAUGCCUGUAACAUAUUCGAGGAUGAGAUGGAUGAGAUAUUUAUCGUGGAAGGCAACAAUGGUGAGACUGUUGGAGGAGAACUCAGGUCAGCAAGGGAAAAGAUGAAACCUGGCUCUCUACUGGAAUCAGACCCCGUAAACAGUUACCUCACCACAAAGCCCCAGCCACCCUUCAAAAUACCUGAGGAGGUGCCCAAUGGCAGCUAUGGCUUAAUCAUCAAUGGCUACAGUCUGGCCCACGCUCUAGAAGGAAACCUGGAGUUGGAACUGCUGCGGACGGCGUGCAUGUGCAAGGGGGUGAUCUGCUGCCGGAUGACGCCCCUCCAGAAGGCCCAGGUGGUAGAACUGGUGAAGAAGUACAAGAAGGCGGUGACGCUGGCCAUCGGGGAUGGGGCCAAUGACGUCAGCAUGAUCAAAGCUGCCCACAUUGGGGUCGGCAUCAGUGGCCAGGAGGGGAUGCAGGCCAUGCUCAGCAGCGACUACGCCUUCUCCCAGUUUCGCUAUCUUCAGCGUCUGCUCCUGGUUCAUGGCCGCUGGUCCUAUAAUCGCAUGUGCAAGUUUCUAAGCUACUUCUUUUACAAAAACUUUGCCUUCACGCUGGUGCACGUCUGGUAUGCCUUCUACAGCGGGUUCUCUGCACAGACGGUUUAUGAUACCUGGUUUAUCACUUUCUACAACCUGAUCUACACCUCCCUCCCUGUCCUGGGCUUGAGUCUGUUUGAUCAGGACGUGAAUGAAACAUGGAGCCUACGCUUCCCAGAGCUGUAUGAGCCAGGCCAGCAUAACCUGUAUUUCAACAAGAAGGAAUUUGUGAAGUGUUUGUUGCAUGGGAUCUACAGUUCCUUUGUGCUGUUCUUUAUCCCUAUGGGGACUGUUUACAAUUCAGUGCGCCAAGAUGGGAAGGAGAUCUCCGACUACCAGUCCUUCUCCCUGAUAGUGCAGACCUCCUUGCUCUGUGUGGUCACAAUGCAGAUUUCGCUGGAGACAACCUACUGGACGAUGAUUAGCCAUGUCUUCACCUGGGGUAGCCUGGGUUUCUACUUUUGCAUCUUAUUCUUCCUGUACAGCGAUGGCUUAUGCUUAUUGUUCCCCGACACCUUCCAGUUCCUAGGUGUGGCCAGGAACACUCUGAACCUGCCACAGAUGUGGCUGAGUGUUGUCCUCAGCAUAAUCCUCUGCAUGUUGCCUGUGAUUGGGUACCAGUUUCUCAAACCGCUGUUCUGGCCCGUCAGCGUGGACCAGAUUAUUGACAGAAUUCAUCACUGCAUGAGACAUCCACUGCCAUACCCAAUCCGGACCAAACUGAAACACACAGCCUCUCGACGCUCUGCCUACGCCUUUUCCCACAAACAGGGCUUUGGGGCCCUCAUCACUUCCGGCAAGACCGUGAAGGUCAAAUUGCCCAAGAGAAACAGCUCUCAUUAUAAAAGAUAG